AUGUGUCUUUCAGGUCAGCGACUCAGAAGCAAGGUCAUCAGGACACUUGCAGAUGACUCCUCCGACGAGGACGAUGGCCCGAGGUUCUCCUCCAGCGACCGCCCCUCGUCCUCCAUCGUCGCGUCGGGUCACCCGCCCAGCAGCUCUCUGUGGUUUGCCGCUAUUCAGAAUCGGAGUCAACCUGCCCUGAGAUCCUCCUUGCGAUCAAGGAGAGUCGACAACCUCAGCUCGUCUUGCUCACAGCCUGAAACCAAAGUGAAGGCUGGUCACGAUGAGAGCGGCACUGCUUCUCCCGAUACCAAGGUGCCAUCAAGACUUGAGAGACUGAGUAGCCUCCGCAAUCGAGCUGCAACAGUGUCUCAUGAAUCGGUUUCCAACACGAUAGAGCCAGAUGGUGGGCGGAAUGCAGAAUCUUGGAGGCUUCAGACAUUCGCCGAAGCCAUGGGAAGCGAUGGAGCUGGCUACGUCUUGCAGCAGCAAAUGGUGAAGGUUCCUAUCCAAGCAAGGCAUCCGUUGCUUGCUCACGAAAUUCGCGUGCAAGCUCCACAAGGCAUGAAAAGAUGCCCCGACAACAUGACGUCACAGCUUUGCCGCAAGCCGGGCGUGCGGAGGUUCAUCUUGGCGACGAUUCAGAUGAUGAUGACUUGCUGCUUCCGGCUGCAAGUUUGGCUCAUGCUGGGCCAUGCCGUUUCACAUGGCUUUCCAAUCUUCACCAAACUUUGUAAUGGCUCUGAGCAAAAGGAGGACACUCCUGAGGAGGAGAGUGCUUUUAUCAUGGGACUGGUCAAGUCGCUCCUUCAGGAAGACCCCCAUACUCUUGCUGGAUAUCUCGAAAAGGCAGACGAGAUCUGGAAAAAUCAGGAGACAAAGUUGUUAUGGCAUCGUGCGAUAUUGGAGAUGAAAGAUUUGCUCUUGGAACAAAUGAAAUCUGAAGUCUUGAGUACAAGGCGAGAAUUUGUGACUCGGCUGAGAAAUCUGUGCAGAAUUGAUGAUAAUAUAAUCGUCAAGGAAGUACUGGAAGACUUGUGCUGCAACUCAAACGUCUUUCUUUUCUUGUUGACCAUUAUACAAGAGACGAUCUCUGACGAGACGUUUCAUUACAAGAAGAUGCAGAUCGACGCAGCAGCUUGUCUAAGGCAACUUGCUCUUUACACCAAACAGCGUAGAAUUCAUCUGAAGGAGACUCCUGAAAUCCUGCAGAAAGCAGCAGAAGUACUAGGCAAGGAUGGGGACUUUGAAUUCAAGCAGAGGCUUGUUGCUUUCGUGGCGAACUUGUCGAUCGAUGACCCGGGAAUACGUGAGGUGAUGGUGAGGAAUAGCGACCUCUUGAACAGCAUGAAGGAUCUCUUGGAGCAUGCAGACCAGAGCGCAAUCAAUGAGAAUGUGCUUGCAGUCUUCUUCAACCUCUCGAUGGAUGUCCAACAAACCCAACGGAUCUUGAAAUUCAUCCCCAUGCAGCGACUGAUCGAUGUCCUACUCAAUGGCAGCCCGAAAGCCAAGUACCGGGCAGCAGGGCUGCUGAAGAAUCUACUCAAGAACAUCGAGCUGCAUGACGUUCUCAGUCGCACAGAGAGCAUCCGAGAGGCUGUCGCUCAUGCGAUGGCGCGAGGUGACGAUGAGACUCGGCAGCGAGCGACAUCCGUGCUCAAGACGUUGGAGGGGACCUUGAGGAGGAGUGCAGCAAGCCAAGAAGAGGAUCAUGGCGCCGUGCAGUCCGCUAGCACGAGGCUGCUCAAAGUUGGGAUCUUGCAGGGCACCGUUGCAGGCCACGUCAACGUCAUGUUGUGCCGGGUGGGUCAGGAGCCGCAGGUCUUCCAUACGGCCCGAGUGAGAGCUCAGGACGGCAGGUGGGUUUGGAACGAGGAGCUGAUGCUGAUGGUGGAGGAGGAGCGAGCGGAUCAGGUUGAGCUCAAGAUGAGCUGCCGAGUAGAGAAGCCGUCGGGGAUGGAGAUCGGAGACGCGGAGCCGAUACCCCUCAGCUACAUCCUCUCCUUGCAAGACUUGUGCCUCACCUGCCCCGCCUACUCCCGACGUGACGACAACUUAGUGGUGAUGCGGAUGGAAGUCACUCUUUCCCUCCUCGACCAGGGCCAGCCCUCGCACGUUGCAGCUCCUCCUCUUCCUCGCUCCGAGGACCAGCAGCCCUCCAACGUGCCCUGCUCGGAGCAGCUGAACCUGCUGUCCUACGAGUGGAAGCGAAGUCUCAUCGCCAACUCAGACUGUCAGAAGCUCAUCGCCCAGACUUGUGCCGUGGCCGCGUCGCUCGACGAGAACAGCCACCUGCAGAUGCCGGAGAAGUGGACGAUGUACAGCAAGCUGCUGGCGCUGGUGCUGGACAUGUGCUCUCACGACCCCAAGAACACGGAAUACCUUCUUGCCCAUGACAAGUUCCUCCAGCAACUCAUCAGCCUCCUGCAACCUCUGCAACCCUCGGCUCCCCCUACGAGCAGCAGCAGCAGCAGCAGUUGCAGCAGCAGCAGUUGCGGUAGCAGCAGGGCGCAGAGGAAGGCCGAGAGAGCCAACGAGACCAGAUGUCGCAAGCUUGCAACAAACUUGCUUGCCAUGUGCGCCGCCAAGACGGAGAAUCGAGCCCGAGUGAUGGGCGUGUUUGAGAUGUUGCGCGCAAAAACCUGGUAUAAGGCCAAGGCAGAAGAAGCGAAAGAGUUUGCGAAUUAUGACAGUGAAGAGAGAGAAAGUAUAGUUGAAGCUAUGAAUUAA